AUUUGUGAGUCGGACAUCACUCUUGAUUCACAGGAUCAUGGCGGACACACACAGCAGCAAUAGCCAGCAGGUCCCUGUGUUAUUCUCCUUCUCCGUGUCCUCUCGGCCCUCGUCUGUGCCCGUGGGCUCGGGAUAUGAAGUGCUCAUCCAAAAGUUUCUGUCUAUCUACGGGCGUCAGAUCGAUGUUCAUCGUAAACUGGUGCUUCAGUAUUUCUCGGAGGAAUGGGGUCAGUACAUUGAUCUACCGAAGGGAUUCGUGGUCUCAGAGAAAUGUCGGCUGAGAUUAGUACCUCUGCAGAUGGAUAUCACGGCCCUGGGAAACCUCUCACCGGCCUCCACGGUGUUCUUCUGCUGUGACAUGCAAGAGAGAUUCAGACCCGCCAUCAAGUACUUCGGGGACAUCAUCAGCGUGGGCCAGAGGCUGCUGCAGGGUGCUCGUCUUCUGGGAGUUCCCGUGGUGGUGUCGGAGCAGUAUCCCAAAGGCCUGGGCAGCACCGUGCAGGAGCUGGACCUCACUGGGGCCAAACUAGUGUUUCCCAAGACCAAGUUCUCCAUGGUCCUUCCUGAGGUGGAGGCUGUACUGGCGGAGGCUCCAGGAGUCCGUAGUGUGGUGCUGUUCGGGGUCGAGACGCACGUGUGUAUUCAGCAGACCGCUCUGGAUCUCAUCGGAAGAGGUUUUGAAGUGCACAUUGUUGCUGAUGCCACGUCCUCCAGAAGCAUGAUGGACCGAAUGUUUGCCCUGGAGCGAUUGGCGCGCACUGGGACCAUCAUCACCACCAGUGAGGCGGUUCUGCUGCAGCUCGUGGCCGAUAAGGAGCACCCAAAGUUCAAGGAGAUCCAGAACAUCAUUAAAGCCAGCGCUCCAGAGUCAGGCCUGCUGUCCAAGAUCUGAACACACAUUGGAACAUUUCUCUCGAAUAUUCAAAACGGUAUACCUUCUCAUUCUCACAGGCGGUUAAUUGUAUUUGUUGUGUGUAAUUUAGGCUAAAGUCACACAAUCUGAAAUGUACUUUUAGAUAUCUGUUGUAUGAGAGCACAAGAUCUGGUGAAUUGGUGUCUAUAUCAAGAUGAGAAUCGAAAUAAAGAAACCCCACUAAGAAUGCA